UUCAGAGCAAAUUUAGUUAAAACAAACGGCUAAAGGAAUUUUUAUUUUUUCAGAGUGUUGACUUGUAUAUUUGAAUAAAAGUCCCUCGAUUUAUUCAAUUUAUUUCUUUUGCUAUCUGUUCUUAAGUAUAAUUAAUAAUAAUCCAAAAUGUUCAGACAAAUAGUUAGAACCAGUUUUGGAUUUAGAUCCAAGACAUUACCAUUAGUUCUGUCAAUCCUGUCAGUUAAGUCCACAAUUCCAAUUUCUCGUCGUCUUCUUUCUACAAACAAAAAGAAGGAUGAUGGACCAAAAGUUAGAUACCUUUUCUAUACUUUCUUCCUUUCAACUGCUCUCUUAGUGUUGGUCUCAUCACGAGUGGAAAAGAAGACUAAACCAGUAACAAACUUUUCUGAGAAAGAUUUUGAAGAAAGAGAAGAAAUUUCAAACUUGAAAAGAAGACACAAGAUUGUCCCUGCCAAUGAAAGAUCAAAGGUAAAGUUUUAUGUGUUACCAUAUGUUCAUGACGAUGAAACCGUCAACAAACUUGCCACUAGAGACGUUUUUGCAGGUACUGUAGUCAAGGUUUUGGACCCAGCGGAAUUGCUUGAGCAAGAACGUACUGAUGAAUCCCGUAGAUAUCUGUUCCUUUUGCAAGAUUUGGCUGCUAGUGGUAAACCAUUACCAAAGGGAUUGAUCACAGGAGUACUCAAGAAUAGAAUUGAAGAAUAUUUGAAGCAAGAACAAGAAAACCUUCAACCAACUACUUUCCUUAUCAAGAACUAUCCACAACUGACUGAUGAAGCUAUCAAGUUUGAAAAUGAUAUCAGUGAUAUCACCCGUUGUAUCAGUUAUCAUUUUGACUUUUUGAACGAAUUGCCAAAGAGAGAUGAAGAGUUUGUUAGACAGGUUAACAAUGUGAUUGGAUAUUUCGAUACUGUGGGGAAAUCAAAGGUUGUCACCACCAAGCACGAUGAAAUGGAUCAAAAACUUAUUGAAAUUGCACUUCAAGAUAUAUAGUUUGUAAAUAUGCAGUAAAAUUAAAAAAUGUACAUAUGAGAGAAUUAACAAUGUUGUAG